AUGCCAGACAUCCAAAUCUUCUCCUUCCAACCUAAGGAGGCACCGCAGCCCAUGCCGCUGCGGGAAACCCCGCCUGGCAAAGUUGGAUCAGCUUCCCUUCCGCGCGAACUCUUCCUGAAGAUCGUCGAUUCGCUCGUUGACGACGUUACGGCCUGGGAGACACCCGCAAGCUGGAAGCUUGAGUACUGCUACGACGCCCCGUCCAAGCUGGUCGUCAAGGAGGAACGAAUGACAAUCGCCGAAACCUCGCACUCGCAGAUGAAGCGCUUCCAGCGAUCCCGCCUUCCUUCACAAAUCAAUCGCGAGACCCGCCUCAUGGUCAACAAGAAGCUCGCCCGAAUCACCAUGUUGACCGAGAAUUGGACCAUCUCACCCAUUGACGCAUGGGUCCGCCCCGACCUCGACCGCUUCGUUGCGCUCUGCGCCGCCGGCAAAGAUCUCCGCAACCAGGAGCUGUACUUCAGACACGCAAUGAUUCUCCCGACCCCUGCUUGCGACAGCAUGAUCAAGUCCAUCCAGCGACUCCACCUUCCGCAACUUGAGUACAUCUCUCGCAAGAACGCCGCCGCAAUCGCUUCCUUCGCUGCCCUCCCUCAUCUCAGAGAGAUCAGCACCAUCGUCGGAAACUGGGCACCUGAUUUAAACGAACGUAUCGCGCACCACGGAAUGAGGAAGAUCGAUCGAAAGACAUACCCCACCUUGCACAACUGGGCAGAACGUCACGAGUCAACUUUCGCGUCCACCUUUCGGCCCCUCAAGAACAAGGGUGUCAAGCUCUUAGUCGACAUGAUGAUAAGUGACAACCCGUUCCUUGAGAUUUGCGACACCGAGAAGGGAAUUCGCAUCAAGAAUCUCAUUGCCAACUGCAACUGCUGCAGCCAUGACAAGUUUUAUUGA